AAUAUUUCAUGAAGGUUAGUGUCUUUCGCCUCAUGAUGACCUACUCUGAAAGGAUGGCGCGACCACCCCCGGGGGCAAGGUUAGCGGGAACGAAAGUGCUUCGCUGUGCCCCUCUUAGAUGUGCCCCGAAAUGUCAUGAGGCCGCCGCCGUUUCUUCCUGUCCAUGAUGGAGGUUCUGACGGCAAUGCGUCCGAUCGGUAUGCGGAGGACGAAGCGAAAGCUGCGGCGAUGCUCGAGCGCAGGCAAGCGGUCUCCUACGGUUUGGACUGGCUUCGCCCGCAGCCGGCGCAGUUGAGCGACCUCUUCCAGAUGCGCGAGCUGUUAGUCGGACCGACGACCGCGGCCGAUGCAUGGGUCAACGUCGAGAACCGGGUCGACGCAAUCGAGACAAAGGCAGCGACUGCGCCGGCACUGCUAGCCCCGCGCAUUGGCCCAACCGCCGCCCCGCCCAAAAUAAAUCGGGCCGCCGCGGCCCCAGCACAGUCGGGCGCCUGGGUGCCGCUGAGGGCCCUGCGCCAGGCAGGCCGCCCCCCGGCAGCCCCACGCGUGGGCCUCCCCUGCGUGAGGCAGCGCGCAGGCUUCUGCUGUUCGGCCAGCGGCCGGGCCGUGUCACACAUUUGGCGGCCGGCGGGGCUGCCAGCGCGCGGCGUGUUAGUAUAA